AAUUAUGUUCAAAUGAUUGUGUGGGUGUGGAACUUCCACUUCAUGCAAAUAAAAAUAAAAAUUCUAGACUAGAUCUAUACUGUGGACGUGCCUUGGUGUGAGUCUACAAGCUAUAUAUACCCACACGGUGCAGAUAUGAUGCUAAGAAGCAGCAAGGUCGUAGGCUUGAUUGAGUUGGAGACCUCCAAAGCCAGCAGGAGAGUGAGUGGCAAAGAGAAGGGCCUGUGUGGUGAAACAAAGUCAAAGGAGGCUGACCACAAGCUGGCAUCUGGAAGUUUACCAAAACAAGUCAAAUCAUCGUCACUGGUUAGUCGAGUGUUCAAGCAUUUCCAGGAUUACCUUCGUCAUGUGGCUGUCAUCUCCCUCACUGCUGCAGCCGUCAUCAUGGCCUGUUCCCUGAGAGGAGAUUUGGCUCUGGUGGCUAUAUUUCUAUACAAGAGCUACUUAACAACAGUGGACCCCACCAUUGACCAAUCACCCCUAGACAACGCCAACGACACUGCUAACGAGUCAGUUACCAUGACAGCAACGUCCCUCAGGAUAGGGAAGUAUGACCCACUACUGCCUGACUAUCUGCAACUGCCCGAUAGUUAUAACAUGAAGGACCUGCUGUUUUUUGUUGGAAUUGCUGUCACCUCUUCACAAAUCAUGUAUCAGGCGGUGUGCGGAUUUUUUCAGCUCUAUUUCUACACCUUGAAGAGAGACAGUCCCGAGGAGUGGAAAUGCCAGCCACACAGGUUCCUCACACGGUCCAAUGAGAUUCACGAGAUAGUUGUCGGGACAACCAACAUGACGAUAGCGGGCACGAUAUCUGGUUUUAUAACAUGCUGGGUGGUCAAUGGAAACUACUCGACUGUCUAUUUCGAUAUUAGUGAAUAUGGCUACCUCUACUUCUUCUCGUCCUUUGUUAUCAUAUUCCUGUGGAUUGAGGCCAUGGCCUUCUACUCACACGCUCUACUGCACACGCCCUGGUUUUAUAGAAACUGCCACAAACAACAUCACAGGUACCACUCUCCCACGGCCUACUCCGUGGUUGCCCUGAGCCCAUUUGAACUGGUAUUCUAUGACAGCCUCAUCCUCUCUCCACUCUUCCUGUUCCCAAUCCAUGGUCUACCGUACGUGUCUGUACUGGUGUAUGUCUACUACUUUGGAAUGAUGGACCACUCGGGUAUCAAAAUGACGUCUUGGUUCCCAUGGCAACCCGAUACAAUGUUCCAUGACGACCACCACAAAUACUUUCACGUGAACUUUGGAUUCAACUCUACUCUGUUUGACAGGAUCCACGGGACUCUGAGACAAUCUAACAGAGAAUACGGGGAAGACGUCUUCUGGGGGAAGGGGCGAGAAAAGAAGUGAACAAGUUGCCUUAGACUAUGACAUAAUUAUUGUAUAGCUGACAAUGAGCUAGAAAUGUAAAUCUUCACUGCUUUUUAAAAAAUGAUAUAAUAGCUGCACUAGCUCUAUACUCAUUGUUGAUACUUCACUCAUAAUAUUAUAUUAAUAA